AAUUUCUCUGCUGUACUGCCCGUCAGGUUGAGCCAGGACUUGGCUUGGUUCAGGACUUGGUGUGCAGAGUCUGAGGGUGAGUAACUGGCUUUGGGUGGGUCACCUGAGGCUGGGUCUCCUUGGCCUCCGGGAAGUUCCUGGGAAUUUGGGUGGGGUCCUGCUGUUAUAGAAAAGUCUAGCUCUGACCUAGAGCUGUGCUGAUCCCAGCCUGGGUCCCAUCCGUGAGCAGGAGGCUCCCAUAGCCCCCACACUUCCUCGCCUGUAGCUGGGACCGGGACUGCUAUGCUGUGAGAGGAUGACUGGGGUGAGGAUGGGAGACACCCAGAAUUCUGAUGGGAGUCUGCCCACCCACUUCGCAAGAAGGGGUGUGCUGGUCAAGGCUGGGUGCUUGCUGGAGGAAUCUGAUUGUCCUCUGCACCCUUGUUGCCUGCUGCUUUUAGAUAAAUCUCUGCCCCGCCCACCCAUGGCCACAGCUCAGGGUGGACAAGGACAGAGCUGUGAGGCUGAUGGAAGGCUGGCUGAGUUUGGUUUGGGGAGCGGGCUGUGUACACAGACCAUACCUCCUGUGCUGGGCUUGGCCUGCAAAAGUGCGGCCUGGGCCCGGAGAAAUCUGAGGGCAAAGGAAGAGAAGGCAUCAUUACCCAAGCUCCCUUCCAUGUGAGUGUCUGUGGUGGGGAAGCCUGAUCUUGCUGCUCUGCCUCUGAGGCAGCUCUGGAGAGGCUUGGAUGAGGAAGUGUGCUUCCUGACACACUAAGCCACCAGCUGCCUCCUCCCUCCAGCACUGAGCCUGAUGGCUCCUCCUUUGGCUUCCCCUACCCUCUGCUACUUGGGCUCUGUGGGUUGCACCUGGUACUUGAUCCCGCCUCAGGCUGGAGGCCUCACCUGCGCAACUCAGAUCUGAAGGUAGGGCCAGCGCACAGCCCAGCUGCUCAUCACCGGUUCACACACAGGCAUAGGUGCCACUGACUCCCAGCAUCCUGGCUGAGCUCUACUGUCCCUUCAGCUCUGUCCUUGGCCUGUUAGACCCCUCAUUGGCCCUCGACAAUGCUGCAAGUGCCUCCCUCACACGUGGGACCUCCACACCUCUUGCCUUUGUCCUCCCACGUGGUGGAUGCGCUGCAUACAGCCCUCAGGCUGCUCCGUGUCUGCCUCCAGGCUGGUCCUCUGCCUGAUGCUCUCCCAAGAGCGACAGGGCAGAGUUGGUCUCAGGCGGGAAGACCCAGAGGCCGUGCUGGGCCUGGGAGAGUCCCCACAGCCCUCGCAGGGCUACCCACACUGUCCCCUUAGGCUCGCCAGGUCGGGCAGCAGGGCGGAGCUGGCGGUGGCAUCUGUGGCCCUGGCUGACGCCUGCCUGUCUCCACAGCUGUGGCUCAGCUUUGCACCUGUGGCAGAUGCCAUUGCCCAGCACUUCCUCCUGUCCACGGAGCAGGUCAACUGGCUGUCACUCAUCUACUUUGUGGUGGCCAUCCCCGGUGGCAUAGCAGCCAUCUGGGUCCUGGACUUUGUGGGGCUCCGUGCAGCAACCAUCCUGGGCUCGUGGCUGAACUUUGUGGGGAGUGCUCUGCGUGCCUUGCCCUGCGUGGCUGUUGGGAUCCCCAGCCCAUUUGCCUUCUUCAUGGCUGGCCAGAGCCUCUGUGCCCUGGCCCAGACCCUGGUCAUCUUCUCUCCGGCAAAACUGGCUGCCUUGUGGUUCCCAGAGCACCAGAGAGCCACAGCCAACAUGAUUGCCACCAUGUCAAAUCCCCUGGGCAUCCUUGUGGCCAACCUGCUGUCACCUGCCCUGGUGAAGAAGGGAGAGGACAUCCCCUUGAUGCUUGGCGUCUACAUCAUCCCUGCCAGCCUUGCCUGCCUGCUCUCCAGUGCCUGUAUCUGGGAGGGUGUGCCUCCCACCCCACCCUCCACUGGAGCGGCCAGCUCCACCUCAGAGAAGUUUCUCCCCGGGCUUUGGCUGCUCCUGCGGAACAAAGCUUACAUCAUCCUGGCUGUGUGCUUUGGGGGUGGCAUCGGAGUCUUCUCCAGCUUCUCAGCCCUCCUGGAGCAGAUCCUCUGUGCCAGUGGCUACUCCAAUGAAUUUUCAGGCCUUUGUGGGGCUCUCUUCAUUGUGUUUGGGAUCCUGGGAGCACUGAUUCUUGGCCUGUACGUGGAUCGGACCAAGCAUUUCACUGAGGCUACCAAGAUAGGACUCUGCUUGGCCUCCUUGGCCUGUGUGGCCUUUUCCUUGGUGGCCCAGCUGCAGGGACAGGCCAUCGCACUAGCUGCCAUCUGCUCCCUACUUGGGCUCUUCGGCUUUGCAGUGGCACCCGUGGCCAUGGAGCUGGCAGUUGAGUGCUCCUUCCCUGUGGGUGAGGGAGCUGCCACGGGCCUGGUCUUCGUGCUGGGGCAGGCCGAGGGCAUGCUUAUCAUGGUGCUGUUGACAGUGCUGACAGUGCCACGCACAGAGCCAUCCUUCUCCACCUGCCAGCAUGGCAAGGACUCACUGGACUGGACAGUGUCCCUGCUGCUGCUGGCUGGUCUGUGCGCCCUCUUCACCUGUGCCUUGGUGCUCUUCUUUCACACCCCAUACCGGCGCCUGCAGGCUGAGUCAGAAGGGCUCCCUGCACCCAGGACUCCAAGCCUAACUCCAAAGCCACCCCCUGAGGCUCCCCAGGAAGCUCCCCAGGAAGUUCCUGCCUUGCCAGCUCCCCUGGAAGCCCCCCAGACUCUCCAGGACUGUGACCAGGGACAUGUGUGAAGGAAGAACUUUGGCUUGCAGCCCAUGAGCUGACAGGAGGGACUGCCUCAGGUCCUGGGCAUCCUAGGCAAGGCAGGAUGGCCUUGUGGCCCCAGAUGGACCUUGGCUAUAGCCCAGAGAACCCUGCUGCGUGGACCCUGACCAGGCCUGGCCCAGGUGGCGCGGUCAGGAGGGCAGUGUGAUGGCGCCUGUAGGAGGUGGGGAUCUGGGUAGGUUGGGUGGGCCAGUGGCAUGUACAGGUGAGGGGCCACCCAGUAGGAGCCCAGCCACCUCCCAGCUGUCCCUCGUGGGUGCCCAGGCCCCUGCAGUAUAAUGGACAGGCACAGGUGGGUCUUGGGUCCGUGUUCAUUGAGCCAGCACAGCCUGGCCAGGAUCACUCCUCCUCUCGUGGGUGAGCAUGUAACUCAGCACCUUGUAGUCCAUGUUGCCCGCUGCCUCCUCAGAGGUGAACAGCAACAGAUCCACCUGGAGCAGUAGGUCAGGUCAGUCCAUGCCCAAAUACAGAUUCCUGGACCGGAGCCACUACUGGUAGUGUUUCUGGGGGGUGUGGGCAGGACUGCAGGGCUGGGACCAGAGUGGGGCGGAGUGGGGCAGAGCAGCAGGGAGGGUUGAGGGUAGGGUAGGGUGGGGUGGGGCCUGCAGACCCAGGACCUCAGGCCACCAGGUCUCUAGUUCCCUUCCCAUCUCAGGGAUCAGGGGUGCCAAGGUGUCCAGUUCCAGCCUUUGGGUUCUGUGAAGUGUGCAGGGGUCCCAGGUGGCACUGGCUUGGAGUUGUGGAUUUUGGGCUGGGGUUCAGACAGCCUUGCUGUGAGCCCACAAAGGACUGAGUACUUUCUGUUCUGAUUUGAGUGCUCCCAGCCAGCUCUGUCCCUCCAGGAGAGUCCCCCAAGCCUGUAAGAGUGCCCCCUGUCCUGCACUGGUGGCACUGCGACACUCUCAGACUGACUCAGGGUUGCCCCCACCAUGCUUGGUCUGCAGAGGCUGGGAGGGUGCAGUAGGGUGCAGGCAUUUCAGUUGCGGUCAUCUUGCCAAUUUGGGACAUCAGCAGCCCUUUGAUGCUGAGGAAGGAAGGACGAGGAGACUGCUGAGUGCCCGCCCUGACUCCCCUGUGGGUCUGAACCCCACCUCCACUGCAGUCCUGGGUGCCCAGUGGUCACCAGAGCCUGUUGAUACUUGAAGGCCUAGCCUUGGGAGCAGCUGAUGGGGGCAGAGGCUGCUGGAAUAUUCCCUUCCUGCACCUCAUCUGAGGGCACACACCCCACAAACCACACUCCAUAACCAGCUGAGGAUGGAGCAGUACUGGGAUGAACCAUGAUCCCAGGUCCCUAAGAAAGCACGGGUGGCCUCCCCCUGGUACCCAAGGACUGGGCUCUCGGUCUCUGAAUGGCCCCUGAAGGAUAGGUGUGGGCUGGCCCUGCUCCUGUCUGGGUUGCACGCUCUUCACACCCUGGGGUGGGGCCCCGAGGAAACCCACGCUCGCUACUCCUUGAGUGCCACGACCACGCCAGUAGAGUCUGCGUGACAAUGCCGGUCACCUGGCAGAAACCAGACCAGAGGUAUCGUCC